AUGCAAAAUACAGGUAACAGCCGUGUAGUCCCAACUGUCUUACCUACUAAACAAGAAGCUAGACUAGAUUUAACAAAACCUCGACGUCUCGCCAUCAUUAGAGACUUUGCCCUCAAUACCUCCACUCAUGGAUUACCAGGAAUUGCACGUAGUCAAAGUAAACAUAACUGCAUCUUUUGGACUAUUUCAUUUCUCAUCUUUACUGGCGUUAUGAUCUAUUUUGUUACUCGGUCGAUUCAAAAUUAUUUUCAAUAUCCAACACAAACAUCUGUAUCAAUUUUCGUCGAACGAUCACAAGUAUUUCCUGCAGUUACAUUUUGUAAUUAUUCACCAGCUCGUUUUGAUCGCUUAGCAGGACCUUUUCUUAACUAUUUAAAUUCAAUCAACGCAACCAAUACAAAGGAUACAGAAACAUUUACUCGAGAACAAUAUUUUCUACUCAGUAGUUAUUUUCAACAUCUAGUCAAUACAGGUCAAUCUAUUUCCGAGUACUUUUUCUCUCUUGAUAUAAUGCUAAUAGAAUGUGUCUAUAAUACAAAAACAUGUACACAUGAUGAUUUCAUAAGUUUUAUUUCGUCUGCAUACGGUAAAUGCUAUACAUUCAAUGCAAAAUCAAAAUCAACAAAUGGAACUAGUCUUCGCUAUACUAAUGAUAAUGGGGGAUCGGGAAAGCUCAUCCUACGCCUUUAUGCACAAAGUCAUUUAUAUUCUCCACACAUUAACGAGGUAGAUGUAUCAGCAGGUAUGGUGACUAUGAUCCAUGACAAUACACAAUUACCUCUCAUCAAUGUAGCAGGUAUUCUACUUACGCCUGGGCGAAAACAUAAACUAGGAUAUAAGAAAAAGCAAUAUACGUUUCUACCAUCACCAUAUACAUAUUGUACAACUAAUAUACCACGCCCGAUGCGAGCAAUGUUCGAUCAAUACGAAGGCGCUGAUUAUGCAUAUUCACAAGGUGUUUGUUAUACACUUUGUACACAGGCAUACAUUUAUGAACAAUGCGGAUGUGUCAGUCCUUAUGAAUGGUCAGCUCGAUCAAUUGUUUUGCCUGGAACAAAUAAAAUAGCUGAAGCACCGCUUUGUAACUUAACUGAUGUAUGUUAUACCGUUGCCGGUCUUAAAAUCACAAAAAUAUCAUCAAUAUGGGAUCAAUAUUGUUCACAUUGCCACCAAGAGUGUUCAACAGUUACCUUUGCUCUAAUGAAAUCCUCAAUAGCAGCGCCGUCGAUGCCAUUUAUAUUUGCUACGAAAGCACAUAUCGAAUCUUUGCCUAUACCAUUACCAGCGAAUUGGUCCACAAAUUGGUUAUCUGAAAUACAGAAUAAUUAUGUUUCACUCGAAGUUGUAUGUGAAUCUAAUCAAGUAGAGAACUACACGGAAGAAGCCUCAGUGACUGCAGUCAGUGUUCUUUCAAGUGUCGGUGGUCAUACAGGAUUGUGGAUUGGAAUAAGUUUCUUAUCGAUCAUGGAAUUUAUUGAAAUGCUCUAUCGUCUUUGUCGAUAUGAAUUCCAUAGUAUGCAACAAAUUCCAAGGAACAGAUUUAACAAUAACAAUUGA